AUGAUUCAUGAUGAAGACUCUGAUUCUGACGGAGAGGGCAAUCAUGAACAGCUUCAUCAUCAAGAACCGGAAACUUUUGCACCAAUACGAGAAAAAUUAGAAAUUGAUUGGGAUAAUCCAGUGCUAGACUUAGCACAUCAUCCUCAUGAACAAAUCGGAAAUGGUUAUCCUCUUGGUGUGCAUUUACAGUAUUUGGAUUUGACCAAUUGUAGAUUGAGAAAGAUUGAAAAUCUUGAUCAGUUGAAAAACCUUGAAACAUUAUUGCUUCGACAAAAUUUAAUCACAAAAGUAGAGGGAUUAAAGAAUUUAGAAUCUCUCAAACAUUUAGAUUUAUAUGGAAAUCAAAUCAAGAGGGUGGACGCAUCCGAACUAAAUUCUCUGAAAAAUCUAGAACAUCUAGAUCUCUCUUUUAACUUGUUGCGUCAUAUGGUUAAAGGAUUGAAGCUUCCCAAGUUACGACAAUUAUACUAUGUCAACAACAAGAUUAAAGAAAUUGAAGAAGAGGCAACAAAGGGCGAAACAGAGCUUCCAUCAUUGGAGUUACUUGAAUUGGGAUCUAAUCGAUUGCGAGAAAUCAAACAUUUAGAAAAUUUCACCACACUAAAAGAAUUAUGGCUCGGAAAGAACAAAAUUACUGAAAUUAAAUGCUUAGAGACUCUUGUAAAUUUGACUCGAUUAAGCAUUCAGAGUAAUAGGAUUACAAAAAUUCAUCGUCUCGAUACCCUCUCUCAAUUGGUGGAGUUGUAUUUGAGUGAAAAUGGUAUUGAAGUGAUUGAAGGACUUGACCAUUUAACAAACCUUGUACUAUUGGAUUUAGCUCACAAUUUUAUCAAAUCUCUUGAUCAUCUUUCUCAUUUGACUGUUUUGGAAGAAUUUUGGUGCAAUGAUAACCAAAUACCGAGCUUUAAAGAAGUUGAGAAGCUAGCACCUUUGAAACAGCUCACCAGCGUUUACUUUAGAAGCAAUCCUAUUUAUGAUGAUCCUCAAUACAAGCGAAAACUCGUACUCAUUAUGCCUCAACUCACAUCCAUUGAUGGAUUUCCAGUAAUUAAAAAGUAA